AUGCGUCCAUCACUAGCGCUACGUGCAGUACGACUGACGCUAUUCACCCGGCCAGAUUGCGGACUUUGCGACGUUGCCAAGUCCCGUCUGGUCGAAUUCCGUCAACGACGGAACGUGGACUAUUCCGAGAUCAACAUCGAUACGCCUGAGCAGAAGCAAUGGAAGAACGUUUACGACUACGAUGUACCAGUUUUGCACAUCGACAAGUACAGUUCUGAAGCUCCUACGCUCAAGGCAGCCAAGAAACUUAUGCAUCGUUUUACGAUAGAAGAAGUCACAAAGGCUGUAGACGAGGUGGAACAGUCUUCGAUUUAA